GCACGGCGACGGACGGGCGGGCGGGGCCUGGCGGCCCGCGCGCCCUGGCGGAGCUCGGCGGGCGGUGGGCGGAGCCGCGGGCUCGCGCGGCGGAGAGCGGCUCGCCCCCUCCCCCAGUUCUGAGGGAAGCAAUGAGACUGAAAAUUCCAAAUCUUCAAACUAGAUCUUUCCACACUUUAACGACAAUACACCAAUGCCAAAGCUUUAAUAAAACUGGACAUCUGCUAUUAAAGCUGAAUAAUAAAGUUGACAGAACAUCUGACAGAAGAGCAAAGUCUUGGGAUUCGUAUGCUCUGAAAACUGCAUUCCCUUGUUUGACAAGUCGGUAUGUGCAAGUCAAGAAUUGGCAGCUGCACUGGGGAAAUGUAUCGGCUUUGGGAAAAAAUGCUUGCUUUUGGAAUGAGGAGGGUUUUUUUCCAUCCUGGAAACAUUUUGGUGUGGCAACGAUGGAAAACUACAAGUUCAGUACAGAGCAUAUUACAAAGCUAAGGAACAUAUCAUCAAGAUUUUACACAGUUGUAUCAGCUGGCAAAAUUAUUCCAAAACACAAUAGCCAGCCAGUUAAGAGGCCACCGAAGGCACCAAGGACUAAGCAACCAUCCAGAACUAACCAGCCACUACUGUCAGACAUGCAGAAUCUGAUGCAGUGCACAGCCUUUGCAACAGCAGAUGAAUAUCAUCUUGGUAAUCUGUGUCAUGACCUGACUUCACAUGGAUAUGUUGAAAUAACAAGUUUGCCUAGAGAUGCUGCAAAUGUUUUGGUGAUGGGUACUGAGAAAUCUGCAAAAGAUGAUGAUCCUGGCAUGAUUUUUUUCUUCAGGGAAGGUGCUGUUGUGUUUUGGAAUGUGGAAGAGAAAAGUAUGAAGAGUGUCAUGCAAGUGCUAGAACAGCAUGAAAUUCAGCCAUAUGAAGUUGCACUGGUCCACUGGGAGAAUGAAGAGAUCAACUAUAGAAUAGGAGAAGGGCAGUCAAAGCUUCAUAAAGGAGAAAUCUUGUUAAAUUCUGAGCUGGAUAGUGAUGAAGUUGUUCUGCAGAAAUUUGCUUUUUCAAAUGCCCUUUGUCUUUCUGUAAAGCUGGCUAUUUGGGAAUCAUUAUUGGAUAACUUUGUGGAAUCCAUCCAGUCAAUUCCUGAGAUACUGAAGUCACGACGGAAGGUAAAACUCUCUCAUGCAGAUGUAAUGCAGAAAAUUGGAGAACUUUUUGCUUUAAGGCACCGUAUAAAUCUGAGUUCAGACCUACUAAUAACACCCGACUUCUACUGGGACAGAGAAAAACUUGAAGAACUUUAUGACAAGACGUGCCAGUUCCUCAACAUUAAUCGCAGAGUUAAGGUAAUGAAUGAGAAGCUUCAGCACUGCAUGGAGCUGACAGACCUGAUGCGAAAUCACCUGAAUGAAAAGCACGCUCUGCGCCUCGAGUGGAUGAUAGUGAUACUCAUCACCAUAGAGGUUCUGUUUGAACUCGCAAGGGUAGUUUUCUGAUGACAGAAGAAACUCGGGAAGAAGAAAACUGACAAAUUCAUAUGGCCCAGAAAAUUACUGUCUAUGGUAUGCUUCUGGAAAACAGUGGAAUCAUGGCUCUUGAUAGAUACAUACAUCUUCU